AUGGGUGAUGUACCCGUGGAAUUUAUCACCGACUGGGUGGAACCGAAUUUCGAAGAAAUCGUGAACCCGAGUCAGCUUGCUUACGCAGAUUGUGCCACAUUUGACGAAGAACAGCCGCAAACUUCUUAUGUAUUCAUCGACCCGGAAACUAUCGAUACGAAUGCGUACUUUGAGGAGCAUAUCUCAUCACAACCAUCAACGAGCCAUAGAAAACCGGCUACGAUCGUCGAAUGCGAAUUUUGCGGUAUCAUUCUGAAACAUCCAUCUAAAAUACAGGCUCAUCUGCGAACGCACACCGGCGAAAAACCAUUUGAGUGUGAGAUGUGCGGGCAGAGAUUCACCCAGCGUACACCAUGGAGAAAUCAUGUCAGAACUCAUUAUGGGGAUACACCUUUCACGUGUUCUUGUGGUCGAUCUUUCGCCAGUCGAUCGUUGAAAAACGCUCACGAGCUUUCGCAUCAAGGAAUUCGUCGCAAAGGACCACCUCAACCACAUUUGAAGCCAAGAAAAAAGUUGAUCUACGUGAAUGAGGACAGCGAUGCGGAAUGCCUGAUGGACGAUAAUGGAGAAGCAUUUAUGAUAGAUAGGCUUGAUAAACGAUUAAUGCCACAAAUUUUUGCCGAAGUGAUGACUCCAGAAACAACGAACAUCAAUGAUGCGAAAACCCUUCGAAUUGAAUCUGUUAUCAAUGAUGUGGUGAAUUCGGUCACUUUUGUGCCUCAAACGGCAAAGAAAGUGAAUCAAGUUGCUCGACGAUGCGUCACCGAAACAAAAUGUGAGAUUUGUGGACUUCAGCUCCGGUAUCCAAGCAAAAUUCAGGCACAUAUGCGCACUCAUCUUGGAGUUAAGCCAUACCCGUGCGAGAAAUGCGAUCAACGCUUUACGACACCACACUCGUUGAAGAUACACGAGAGACGGAAGCACACAAACGAACGACCGUAUCUUUGCACUUGGGAGUGCGGGCUUUCGUUUGUGAGCAUCGCCGAUCGAAAUGAGCACGAGAAGACGGUGCAUGUCGGAGUAAAGCGCCACAAAUGUGUUGUAAUCGACUGUCUUCGUGGUUUUACGAGGAAAAAAUAUCUGGUUGAACACAUACAACGGGAUCACCCAAUGGUGCAACUCAAUAAGAUUGCUAUGCAUCCCGAUGAAGAAUUGGUUUACAUUGAAGCGCUAGAUGGGGAAUUUGAGGAGAUCGUCGAAGAGCAAUGCUACGAUGUACCUGAAUAUCCACACGACGACAGAAUCAUUUAUGCAAAUGGUUUCUCGGAUGGACCGCCGACAUUACAACCCGAAAUCAUCUUCUCGAAUAGCUCAAAGCACGCACAACAAUUAGAUCAAAGACCAAUUUUGCUUUUGGAUCGUCGCCCUAUCAAUCGC